AUGAGCGCCCGCGGCCCCGGCUACCCGCUCGCCUCGCUCUACGUGGGCGACCUGCACCCCGACGUGACCGAGUCCAUGCUCUACGAGAGGUUCUCGCCCGCCGGCCCCAUCCUGUCCAUCCGCGUGUGCCGCGACGUGGCCACGCGCCGCUCGCUGGGCUACGCUUACAUCAACUUCCAGCAGCCGGCGGAUGCGGAGCGGGCUCUGGACACCAUGAACUUUGAGGUGAUCCGAGGCCAGCCCAUCCGCAUCAUGUGGUCCCAGCGAGACCCGGGACUCCGCAAGUCGGGCGUGGGCAACAUCUUCAUCAAGAACCUGGAGGAGUCCAUCGACAACAAGGCUCUGUACGACACCUUCUCGACCUUUGGGAACAUCCUCUCCUGCAAGGUGGUGAGUGAUGAACACGGCUCUCGUGGCUUUGGCUUUGUCCACUUUGAGACCCAGGAGGCGGCCCAGCAUGCCAUCCGCACCAUGAACGGGAUGCUCCUGAAUGACCGCAAAGUCUUUGUGGGCCAGUUCAAGUCCCGGCGGGAGCGGGAAGCGGAGAUGGGCACCCAGGCCCUGGAGUUCACCAACAUCUACGUGAAGAACCUCCACCCGGACGUGGACGAGCAGGGCCUGCAGGAACUCUUCUCUGCGUUUGGGAAGACGCUGAGUGUGAAGGUGAUGAGGGACAGCAGUGGCCACUCCCGGCGCUUUGGCUUUGUCAACUUCGAGAAGCACGAGGAGGCUCAAAAGGCGGUGACGGACAUGAACGGGAAGGAGGUGAGCGGACGGCUGCUGUACGUGGGCCGGGCCCAGAAGCGGGCUGAGCGGCAGAGUGAGCUCAAGCGAAAGUUCGAGCAGAUGAAGCAGGACCGUCUGAGCCAUUACCAGGGGGUGAACCUCUACGUGAAGAACCUGAACGACUCCAUUGAUGAUGAGAGACUCAGGAAAGAAUUCUCCCCCUACGGGGUGAUCACCAGUGCAAAGGUGAUGACAGAGGGUAGCCACAGCAAGGGGUUUGGCUUUGUGUGUUUUUCCUCUCCAGAAGAGGCAACGAAGGCCGUGACAGAGAUGAACGGGCGCAUUGUGGGCACCAAGCCGCUCUAUGUGGCGCUGGCCCAGCGCAAAGAGGAGCGCAAGGCCAUCUUGACCAACCAGUACAUGCAUCGCCUGUCCACCAUGCGGGCCCUGGGGGGGCCCCUCCUGGGCUCCUUCCAGCAGCCCGUCAACUACUUCCUGCCCGCCGUGCCCCAGCCCUCAGCCCAGGCUGCCUACUACGGCCCUGUGGCGUCCAUGCAGCCUGCCCCCAGGUGCUGGACAGACCAACCUGCAAGAGCCUCAUCCAACAUUGGGACCCAGACCCCCAGGCUCUGUGACACGGGCUCUCUGCCGGACCGGCCUCUCGGGCCGCACUGCUACUCGUCUGCGGUACACGGCGGCGUGUGCGGGGUUCAGGAGCCCAGCGUGUGCGUGCCCGGGAGGGAGUCCCCCGUGUACGUCCCGGCUACAGAGCCCCUGAGUGCUUCCAUGCUGGCCGCGGCACUGCCACACGAGCAGAAGCAGAUGAUCGGUGAGCGUCUCUUCCCCCUCAUCUCCGCUCUCCACACCCAGCUGGCAGGCAAGAUCACGGGCAUGCUGCUGGAGAUCGACAACUCGGAGCUGCUGCUCAUGCUGGAGUCGCCCGAGUCCCUUAACGCCAAGGUGGAAGAGGCUCUGGCGGUGUUGCAGGGGCACCAGGCCAUGGAGGACACAAGUGGGCACUGAGGCCGGGGGCGCAGGUGG